CAGCUCUGUGCACUUUCUGUUCAGAGGUGUCAGAAACCCACAGACAGCCAUUGAAAUAACAGCAAGUACUCCAACUCUCCAUCUACUUUCUUUAACCGUGUCUCUCAUUUUGUGCCUCCUACGAAGAUGUUUCGGGGAUCUCUGAUCUUGGUCGCUCUACUCUUGAACUUCAGCCUUGCAGAGGCCCAAGUGCCAGAUGGGAAACUGUGUUAUAUCCUGGAUGGGAUUCUCGUGAUCUACGGCGUCAUUCUCACCAUCUUGUACUGCAGACUGAGGAUGCAUCCCAUCUACAUAAACACUGGCGGGUAUCCACAGGGCACUGGCGGGUAUCCACAGGGCACUGGCGGGUAUCCACAGCAGAUAACAGCGCAGAUAACAGCUCUCAUAAUUUCCAUUUUACAGAAAGGAGAGGGACUUUACGCAGGUUUGACCCAUAAAGGUCAGGACACCUAUGAGACCAUCAAGGUGCAGAAUAAAGCGAUGCUGGUGUGAUAAAGGAAGAAGGCAGUAGUAUGAGUGGUGGUAAACAACAAACCACAACCCGGUCUAACAUGGCAUUUCAAUUAGUUUAGAUCUACAUGACUGCUUGCUUUCCUUUCCAAAUCAUCAUGCUUAGGUGAGGUAGGGCCAGUAGUGUUGGUGGCUGUUGACUGGGGGCCCAAGAUGGGCAGUGUUUAAGAUGCAUUUAGAUUAUUCUGUAAAGCAGCCCUUUCACUUUCUAUAAUUGACUAUCAAUUAACUUGUCAUUUAAAUGUUUUUAUUUAAAAUAUUAAAUGAUUCAGAAACAACCUUAAA